AUGGCGAACGAUGACAAUCUAGAUGAGCUUCGAAGAGGAUGCCAUCUUUCCAAAGAAAUGUCCCGUCUUUAUGAAUCAUAUUAUGAAGAAAGAAAGAAGGGACAAGAAAUUGCGAAAGAAAAUGCAAAGUUGAAACAACGUCUUGAUGAUUUCGAAAAUGAACAUAAGGAAGAAGAAAAUCCUGAAGCUGAUGCAAACAUUAUGGGAGCUCUUAUUGCUAAUGAGCGAAAGAGCAAUAAUGAGCUGAUGGAACUUCGUAAGCUUUUAAUAAAUCAUUUGGAAAAAGCAACAACUCCUAGAUCUUUUGGUGUUAAGAAAAUGGGCGAACUGGAACCUCAAACAUUCAUUGAUGCAACAAAAUCAUGGAAGGACAAUAUAUAUGUUGGUAUGCAGAAAUGCUCAUAUUGGAACGACCAUAUAAGAGAUCCACACUGGCAUCCUUUCAAACUUAUCAACAUCUAUGGGGUGCUUACGGAUUGGUACUCAGCUUCAGCAAAGAACUUUGAGACAGUUGUUUGUUUCUUUGAUUUCCAUAAUAUGAGGGAUUUGCCAAUGAAUAUGCAAAAAUUAGUAAUCGAUCUUCUUAUGUCUGGACAAGUGCCUCAAUCUACAUCACAAAAAGCUUGA